AUGUUAGAAUCACGAAAGUCUCUUGAUGAGAAUAACAAUGUCAUUGUCAGCGAACAUAACUUGCAAUCUUCGGAAGAUGGUUCUCCUGCAGCUCCCGAAAAAGGGCAAGAAACCACAGAAGAGACGGGCAAUGGCCCGAAAUACGUCACAGGCUAUAGGCUAAUAUUUGCCAUGGCUGCCUUGAAUCUCAGUGCUGUUCUGAUUAAUCUCGAUAGCUCAAUACUUUCAACUGCAAUCCCUACUAUCACCGACGAGUUUCGUUCUCUCAAAGACAUUGGCUGGUACGUUAGCUCGUUCCAGCUAGCAGUGUCGGCGUUACAGCCCUUGACAGGCAAAUUCUUCACAUAUUUUAGUAAUAAGUGGACCUACAUCAUCUUUCUCAUCAUAUUUGAAGUUGGCUCUCUCAUCUGCGGACUCGCAACCUCAUCACCCAUGUUCAUUGCCGGUAGGGUAGUAUCUGGUGUUGGAGCUUCUGGUUUGUUUAAUGGUUCUAUGAUAAUAAUCUAUGGAAUGGUUUCUGCACAGCAGAGGCCUGCAGUGAUGGGAGUUAUGCUUGCCAUAUCACAGGUUGGGCUGAUUGCAGGUCCACUAAUCGGCGGCUCGUUGACGCAGUAUAGUACUUGGCGUUGGUGUUUCUGGAUCAAUCUUCCUAUUGGGGGCCUUGCCUGCAUCUUGCUAGCUCUGGUUUAUCUUCCUGAGCAAAUGGCAAAGCCCAAAUUCACCGCAGUACUUACGGACCGCAAAAUCCUUCAAAAGUUCGAUGUUGUGGGAUCAGGUAUUUUAGUAGGCGCCGUUGUACAGCUUCUUUUGGCGUUGCACUAUGGAGGUUCUGAAUAUUCCUGGAGUAGUGCCAUUGUGAUUGGGCUGUUCUGUGGGUUCGGUGCAGCAACACUCCUUUUCAUGGGAUGGGAGUAUCGUGCCGGAGAGAAUGCUCUGAUGCCGCUCUCGAUGCUCCUGAAUAGGGUCGUUGCAUGCGGAUCAAUGAUGAAUGUUUGCUUGUUCGGGGCAACCUACAUCUCGACUUACUUCAUCCCGAUCUUCUUCCAAAGCAUUUUGGGGGAUAGCCCAAUGGAAAGUGGUAUUCACAUGCUGCCUAGCAUUGUUGGCUCAAUCUUAUUUACUGUUUUAUCUGGAAUGAUGGACGCCUGUACAGUAUCGAAGCUCGGCUACUACCUGCCAUGGGCAGUGUUCGCUGCUGUAUUAUCAACAGUCGGAACAGGUCUUAUGUCUACGUGGUCCCCAUCUACGAAGACGGGGGAAUGGAUCGGAUAUCAAGUCUUGUACGGCUCUGGCAGAGGGUUGGGGUUGCAAAUGGCCCUUAUCGCCAUCCAAACCGUUUUGCCGCCAGCGCAGGUGGCCAUUGCCUUGACAAUUCUCGUUUUUGCUCAGGGUCUUUCAUCUGCCGUGGUCAUCAGUAUUGCAAACACCGUUUUCGACAAUACGGUAGUGAACCAGAUUGAAAUCAAUGCUCCCAAUGUCAAGCCAAGGGCUGUCCUUGCGGCUGGAGCAACCUUGUACAGGAGCCAGGUGCCUGCCGAGGACCUUGCCAACGUGGUACAGGCGUGGGCUAUUGGCUUUCAGAAGACCAUGUACAUUGCUACCGCUUUUUCCGGAGGCAUGUUUCUAUUUGCGUGGGGUCUGGGAUUCAAAGACGUGAGGAAAAAAGAUGAGGCAACAGCACAGGGACCGAAUAACAACAGCAAAGGCUGA